AUGAGAACUUUAUCUACAUCAUCAUUAUCGAAGUUCAUGUUGAACUGCAGUGAUUCUGGCUCAACGAAUAGUCCAGUCUCAGCAUCAUCCACACCUAGUUCACGAAGAGGUUCUUCUGGUGGAGAUAAGGGUUCCUAUGUGAUGCCAGUAUUUAGGUUAAACAAGCUGGUUCAGACCGGAUCCUUCUUAAAUGGUGCAGCUCCUAAUUUCGGACUUGGUGUGGACAAUAUAUCAGUUCCUAGCAUAUUAGCGAAAGAAAAGCUUGUUUUGAAUUCGUUUUCUUUAUGUUUCGGGUACGAUGGGGUCGGAAGAAUAAAUUUUGGCGAUAAGGGCAGCUCAGAUCAAGGAGAAACACCGUUUAAUCUCAGCCCUACUUACAAUGUUAGCAUCACUCAAAUAAAAGUGGGAGGAAAUGCUGGAGAUCUCGAGUUUAAUUUCAAAUCACAUACUUCAUUUGUUUUCCUACUCGUUUCCAUUUUCUCCAGUACACGUCUUUAUACUGAGUUUAUUCGAUGGUUCAACAAUUUGGCCCAAGAGAAGCUGUAUACGUCUUAUAGUUCUUCCGAUAACCUUCCCUUCGACUAUUGUUAUGAGCUAAGUGCAAACCAAACAAGCUUUAAGUAUCCUGUAGUGAAUUUGACAAUGAACGGCGGAGAUCGGUUUUCCUUCCACGAGCCACCAGUAGUGAUUCCCACACUGGGUGGAGGUCUAUACUGUUUAGGUGUCGUGAAAAGUGACACUGUGAAUAUCAUCGUACAAAAUUUCAUGACCGGUUACCGUAUCAUCUUCGAUCGAGAGAAGAUGGUACUCGGCUGGAAAGCAUCUGACUGUUACGAUAUCGAGACCUCGAACACUCUACCGGUGAUACCACCGACGGCGGUUCCUCCGGCUGUGGCCGUCAAUCCAGAAGCCACAGCGGGAAAUGGCAAUAAUUCUGGCGUUCCAGGGACAUCUUCACCCGUGACAAAUCAAUCAACCCUGCUUAAAGCUCUGUCUUAUGGACUCACAAUUACUCACAAUGGCAAUAGUUCGAGUUCCAGAGAUUGA